AUGAAGGCGAUCUUGCAGCGAGUCUUGUCAAGCUCGGUCACAGUCAAUGAUCAGCUUGUCUCGUCUAUUGGCAAAGGCAUACUGGUGUUGGCUGCAAUUGGACCGAAUGACACGAGGAGGGAUGCAGACUCCAUGGCAUCGAAGAUCGUCAAGAUGAAGCUCUGGCCGGAUGAGAGCGGCUCCCACUGGAAGAAGAGUGUCAAGGACGUUGAAGGAGAGAUCCUCUGCGUCUCGCAGUUUACCUUGAUGGCGAAUACACGCAAGGGCAAUAAGCCAGACUUCCACGGAGCUGCUAAGCCAGAGUUUGCUAAAGAGCUCUAUGACUAUUUUGUGACCCGUGUUAGAGAGCUGCAUGGUAUCGAUAGAGUCUCAGACGGUGUUUUCCAGGCAAUGAUGCAAGUCGCCCUUGUGAAUGACGGCCCAGUCACCAUCGAGAUAGAUACCAAUCCACCGAAGAAGGACACCCCGAGCAUCACUGGGGCUGGCACUGGGACGUCGACACCAGUUGCAGGGGCAGAGCAGGAUCAAAGUUGA